CACACCGAAGACACAUCGCAGUGUAUCUGAAUGUUGCAUCACAAAGGAUGGCCCCCAAAAAGAAAAGCAUAAAGACUCAUUUAAACACCCAAGGAAACGCCGCAAAAAGGGAGAGCGUGACUUUCUUGGCAUAGAGGAGCGCGCAGAGAGGGUGAGCUCCUUCUCCUUCACUACCAAGAUACAAGUUGGAUGUAUACCGAAGAAAUGUGGAUUCGGAACGGAACUUUUUUUUAUUAGUUAAAAAUUAACGGAUGGUUUCAUUGGUUCGUUUUGGAUUCAGUUGUUUUCAAAGCUAACCCAAGACGCUUAAAACUUGCCCGGAGCUAUCCACAUCCAAAGAGCGAAGCAAACGCUGUCUACAAAAAUCGAUAAUAAUAAUAAUAAUGAUAAUAAAAUAAAUAAAUGAAGUGAGCCUUUAUUUCAAAUCCAGGGAUUUGGGCUGAUGUCCGGAUGAAAACUCUGCACUUUAAAGGAUGAAAGGCUUUUGGUAAAUUGCUACAAAAUUCAGCCAAAAGGAAACUAAACGCGUUUGAAUUGAAGCAUCGUGUCAGAAUACAAAGCGCUGCGAGAGUGAUGCGUUUUUUUUCUGGUUUUCUCGUUUAAUCUGCAUCUCUCUUCUUUGAAAACGCAUCAUUAAGACUUUUGAAUGCAUUUUUAUUUUAUUUAUUUCUUAUUUUUCCUCAACACUCAGGUGUUAUGUUUAGCUGGGGACCGUGCCAUUUACUAGGAGAGAGGAGCGUUUAAAGAGAAAUUAAAAAGAAUAACACAGAGGACAUUACCUAGUAGUCGGUUGGAUCAGCGUCGAUACUGGGACAAUCACAGGGACACGCCUCGCAGAUCAUUAAACAAAUCAGAUAAACGCGGUGCGAAAACCAUCAAUAGAAGUUAUUGAUGAGGUGGUAUAUAAGGCUAAUGAUUGGCUGAGCCUCUGUUUACUCAAAAGCUUAGCAACAGUAUGUUGUGAAACUUUUCGCUGAGGGCUUGACAGCUGAGGCAUACAAUGCCAAGAGAAAAGGGACCAAGAACUUGUCUUUAAAACUCAUUUUUAUUGCUGCUUUACUCAUUUUUUUAGGACUCAAUUUGCGAUUGAAAAAAAGAAAACAAUUGCGAAUUGCUGGAAUAUUCUUCUUCCUCUGCAAACUAGAAUGUCUGCCUUCUGUGCUGCUGCUGCAGGAAUUUAUGAACCAGAGAUUUUUAAGGGAAACAUUCCUGAGGAGAGAAUUUUGAAAUAUUUAUAGCAUCCCUUGUGCAAGAAUGGUGGUUGUGACAAGGAACCUAUUGAUGACCCAGUCAGUGAGAGAGCUGGUGCCAAGACAAUUUACCUCUCCACCAGCUACGCUCUCCGUCUAAGAGUCGUCCUUGGAGGAACACAGCUGCUGCAGGCUGGGGAUGUGAUGGGGUGACUGCUGACAUCCCCCUCACCCAUCCCCUCUCUCUUUAUUAAAACUGUAACAUAAACAAUGGAUCAGAAUUUCUCAACGGUUCGAGAUGGAAAGCAGCUUACGCCAGAGAGAGACUCCUCGAAACGUGUUCUGACAGGAUGCUUUCUCUCCCUGCUCAUCUUCACCACGCUGCUAGGCAACACCCUGGUGUGCGCUGCCGUCACCAAGUUCCGACACCUGAGGUCGAAGGUCACCAAUUUCUUUGUCAUCUCGCUGGCCAUCUCUGACCUCCUGGUAGCUAUUUUGGUAAUGCCAUGGAAGGCAGCGACAGAGAUUGUGGGGUUUUGGCCAUUUGGUGCAUUCUGCAACGUGUGGGUGGCAUUUGACAUAAUGUGCUCCACUGCCUCCAUCUUGAACUUGUGUGUGAUUAGUGUCGAUCGUUACUGGGCCAUUUCAAGCCCAUUCCGCUAUGAACGCAAGAUGACCCCUAAAGUAGCGUGUCUGAUGAUCAGUGUGGCAUGGACCUUGUCUGUCCUCAUCUCCUUCAUUCCUGUUCAGCUUAACUGGCACAAAGCUCAGACCACCAGCUAUGUCGAGCUAAAUGGAACCUACCCUGAUGAUUUGCCCCCUGACAACUGUGACUUCAGUCUUAACAGGACCUAUGCCAUCUCCUCCUCCCUUAUCAGCUUCUACAUCCCCGUGGCAAUUAUGAUCGUCACCUACACCCGGAUCUACCGCAUCGCCCAGACACAGAUAAGGAGAAUAUCUGCUUUGGAGCGAGCAGCAGAGAGUGCCAAAAACCGACACAGCAGCAUGGGAAACAGUUCAAACAUGGACAGUGAGAGCUCAUUUAAAAUGUCAUUCAAAAGAGAAACCAAAGUCUUAAAGACGCUCUCUGUCAUUAUGGGUGUGUUUGUGUGCUGCUGGUUGCCCUUCUUCAUCCUAAACUGCAUGGUUCCAUUCUGUGAAACACACAUGCCAGAUGGAUCCACAGAAUUCCCCUGCAUCAGCUCCACCACCUUUGAUGUGUUUGUGUGGUUUGGCUGGGCAAACUCUUCGCUCAACCCAAUCAUCUAUGCCUUCAAUGCCGACUUCCGCAAGGCCUUCUCCAUCCUCCUGGGUUGCCAUCGGCUGUGCCCGGGGAGCAACGCCAUUGAGAUCGUCAGUAUUAACAACAAUAUGGGUGCUCCUACCUCGAACCCCAACUGUCAGUAUGAGCCCAAGAGCCACAUCCCAAAGGAGGGCAACAGCUCAGCAAACUAUGUGAUUCCUCACAGCAUCCUGUGUCAGGAGGAGGAAUUACAGAAGAAAGACGGAAGUGGAGGGGAGGCCGAGGUGGGCGUGGCAAACAACACCCUUGAGAAACACUCACCGGCCAUCUCUGGGAAUUUAGACAGCGAUGCUGAAGUCACCCUGGAAAAGAUCAACCCCAUAACACAGAACGGACAGCACAAAGCCGUGACAUGUUGAGAAAAGGCAAAGGUGCAUUGAAAUUCAGUGAGGCAUGCACGUAUGCACAAAGGCAAGAAACGAUUACACAGGAGGACAGCAAAAACAAACGGCAGAGACACAUGUCUAUAGGAACAAGAAACCAGUGAGUGUGUUAUACAAGUCCUUAAGACUGUCAAAAAAACCUACAUGAAAAACCUACAGAAUGUUUUAAAGUACAGGCACUUUAUCCUGGAUAUAACUAUCUGCAAAAUAUAUUCAGCAUUUAUUGAUGACAUUGACACAUUUGAUGAUAAAUGUUGAUAAUGUGAAUAUUAACAGCAGAAUACUACCUAUGGGCACAUGUAUACAUUUUUUUAGUUUUUGCAAAAAUGUAUACAUCUGCAUGUGUAUACUGUACAGUGAUGACACUAUUCUGGAGGGAUUCAAACACAGUAUAUACAGUGGGAGAAAAUAUAGUAUUAGUAAAAUAUCUUGUAGGUAGGUGCUUUGUAUGUGUUUCAUGAAAAAGCAAACAAAGUGGGUAAAUUGGUUUUGCUACAGUAUUGUUAGUCAGCUAUUGCAGUUUUUUUUCCUUUAGCACAUUUCUAAUGACAGCGAAAGCAAAAUCGCUAAAUUCCAGUGGCAGUUUAUUUGAAGUAAGAACAAAAAAUACUGAUACCAAAGUAACACUGUUCUGAUUACAACUAAAACCAACAACAGAGUUUGAUGCUGUAAGCCAAAUUGUCAAAAAUUUUUAUUCUUAACUCAUCCUCCCACCUCUGCAUCACCCACUGUUAUCCAAAUGAGGUGUACUUGAGAGAGAAAGAGACGAGGAAAUGGAGAAAGUUCCUGCCUUUUCUGAUCUUUCUUCAGCCAGCUGGGACUGACCUGAAGUUUCUUCCAUUUCUACUCCUUACUCCCUGUUUUCAUUGGCUUUGCCUGCCGUCAUCCAUUCUUCAGUGAAACCUCUUUGGAGUUUCUUCUCAUCCCCUUCCCCCUUUCACGCUGCCCUUAUUUCUUGAGUAAUGCCAAGCGCCUCUCUCCUUCCUCCACUCUUCUCCCUGUUAGUUUAGUCCUUCACACCUGCACCGUAUCUUCUUUUUAAUUUCAUUUUGUCUGCACCAUUGUUUUUGGCAGCCCUCCGUUUUAACCCCCUCCCCCCGCCACCACCAUCCAUUUAAAGUGGUGCUUGUGAUUCUAUUCUUGGCAAAUGCCGUCAGCCCAUAAUUAAAAAAAGAUUGUAAAUGUGUAAAACUAAAAACUGCACUUGGACAGAGAGGGUAGAGCAGCAGCUACUAAGUCGACUCAGCCGUAAUGCAAGUGACUUUUACUGACCUUUUGUAAGCUUGCAGAUAUAUGAUUUUGUAAACUGCUCGUUCUGCAGCUUGACAGUAUCUCUCUGUGCAGAGUCAAGUCUGAACGCAGUUAAAUUUGAAAACUAAACAUUAAUUAUAAUUUAUGUAGGACUGUGGAAGUAAGAAAUCUUAUAAGACAGUUUUCAUUAGUGAGUGCUUCUGAUGUGCUGCCAUCCAUUUCCCGUUGUCAUGUUUUUGAACAGCUCUGCUUUUUGCACCAGUUAGACUGACUCCAUAAGGUCCAAUUUAGCACUAAAUCAGUCUGAACUUUGCUAAUAUCUUAGUUAGCCUUAGCUACAUUAAAAGAUAGUAUUGAUUAUACCAGUGCAUGCCAAUGCCAACGAUCACUUAAGAGUGUAGUAGCAAAACUAAGCAAACAAAAAGUAAGAAAUUAUGUAUUUCAAGCAUACAACUGAAACUAUAGGGAGAGAAGGAUUAAAGCCUAUUCAUUGGCUUGACUGACACAGAACCAAUCGACUACUCUGCUACCUUAACCUAGGAGACAACAGGUGAUUUUUUUUUUUUAGUGGCCUUGCAUUUGCCAAUACAGUUUCAUUUUAAGAAGCUAAUAUAAAACUAAAUCAUCAAAAGAUGACAGCUCUUCAUGUGGAGCGUGCACCUACAUGCAACCGCAAGCUGUUCACACGUGUUUGGUCAAAAGUGCUACAGAGCAGGACGACAAACAAGAAACCAGAAAGGUUCACGUAGCCUUUUCUGUAUAGAUAUCUGUUAGGGUCUACCAUAAAUAGAUAUCUGCAGAUUCAUAUCUUCCUGAGAACUGAAGGGAAAAAAAACGCCUUUUUAGUCUAACUUUUUGAGAUUUGUGUGUCCACUACAGAGGGCAUAAAGGAAUAAGUUGAGUUUAGGAAGUUAUGCAGAUAUCUAUUUAUAGGGAUCACUGCCUAUACACUAGAAACAUAUUUCAGUUUCAUGUAGUAUUUAAAACAAAUCUAGUAUUUAGGCAAACAUGACUGUCAGAGCCAAAUAUAGAUAUAGUCUUUUUCUGCUCUGCAUUCCUUGGGAAAUAGUGCUCAGCAGCACGCUUUCAGGCACUUUGCACUUUGAGUGUCCAUCGCAUGCAGUUUGUGUCCAUGAAGGCAUGAAACUGUCGCACAUCAGGGAAGGGAAGAACCGAUCCAAUAGAAAGCAGUAGGUCUUGAACGAAGCAUUUGAUUUUCCUGCUCUGGAAAAUCCAAUAGUAUCUAGAUGGCAACAAAGGGGGAAAGCUUUUAGUUCAAUAUGUGGCUUGGCUUGUGACACAAAAGCAACACAUUGUCCUCUCUGCUUCCCUGUCACCUCCCACGUGUCCAUCUAUUAAAAAAAUGAGAUUUUUCUUUUCAUUAAGUGCAGUUUAGAUUAGGUAUCUUUCACAAUGAAUUAACUCAAUUUUACAAGUGCUCAAGCUAUUUCAAGUGCCACAAUGUGCUGUAACUCGGCCCAAUUAUACUCAGCUCUUGCCUUUUGUAGAUUAUUAGCCAUAUCAGCUUAGCACUUUGCAGCAGCUCCUCUAAAUUCACUCUUAGUCAAACAGAAGCCAACUCAAACAUGCAAUAAAACAUGAAGUGCAUAUAAUCUGUCAGGAUUGGACAUGGAAGGAAACUGCCUUGGGGAAGAUUGCCCCUCCCACCCCUUCCCCUUUACACACUCACCUUUUUUUUUUUCUCCAUCUCUUUCUCUUUUCUCUCGGCUGGCUCUGUCAACUUCGUGAGUCAACCCCUCAUGUUAACACUGAUUGAAUUUAUUAUUAAAUAGAGUGCGCGUACUGUUUCCUGCCUCUAAUCUAAGUUGAAGCGCUGAAUUAAACUCCCACCUGCUGACUUUAUUAUUAUUAUUAUUAUUAUUAUUAAUAUUUUAUUUUUUGCCAAAAUUCUUAUUUCUGGCUGAAUGUGGUUGUACUGUAGAGUAAGCUGUGAUCUAAAUAGUGUUUUAUAAGCUGAAAUUCAGGGUGGGUGCGGGUACUCUUGAAUGGGACUGGGAUUAAUCUGCCAUUUCAUGCCACAUGAUUGGAUUCGCACAUUUUACCAGAUGUUUUUGUAUAUGCUGUAUGUAGACAUUUAUAGAAAACAUACCUCCAGCUGAGAGUUCAGAUGAUGGCUCCAUGUAAACCGCCCCCUGAGCCUUCACCUUGUAAACUCAGUGACUCAUCUUUUCAGCUGCCACUGCUUUGAUUUUGGAGAAGGGCGAUGUCAGGCAAGAGUCCCACAAGCAAAAUGUUUUGUUUGAUCUGGAGCAUUUCCUCUAGGCUGCCUUACAAGUUGCUUUGGGGAGCUUUAGUUGACAGUACACAGUCUCUCAAUCAGUGUAGUUACAUGAUGUAUGACAACUUAAGCAAAUCUGACAGUACACAAUCCCUCAUCCUCGUCCCGCUCCUCCUCCAUCUCCUCCAAUGACUGGCCAAGCGAUGCAACAGACGCAGGGCUGAACAACACUCCCCAGCCCUGGGAAUGUGGAGCCAUUUCAACAAUGAUGUCUCAGCUUAUUUAACUGUCUAGAGUAAUGAUGGAGUCCCUACCUCAGCCUUGAUUCAGUGACAGAGCUUCAUGUAAAAAAAUAAUUCAGUGGCAGUAUUUUUGGAUAGGGGCUUGCAGGGAUUGAGUAUUGUACAAUGAUGUUCAAAAUGUAGUCGUGAUGAACACAAGUGCUUUUUAUCUUGAAAAAAAAAUCCUUAAUGUGUGUAGCAAGCUUACAUGCUGUACGUUUUUUCCAGUGUGGGAAUAUAAUUUACAGUAGGAUGCAACAGUCACUGGCUAUUUAUAUAUUUAUUUAUUUACAUGGUUCUGGUGUUCAUUCAUGAAAGUGAUGUCAAAGAUUAUAACCCUCUGAAUAAUUACAGUAUUUAGUUUACAGUUUGUACAGAAAACGUGCCCUUCUUGUAAAAUAAACAUGGU